UAAUUUAUGAGGUACAAAUGUAUAUGUUAACAGAAAUUAAAUCGUUUGUCUUUACGACGUUACCUUAUUAACCUAAAAAAUGCGGAACCCGCCGUCUCUUUCCUCCCCACGUCGCCGGCGGUCUUUUCUCAGUUCCUGACCAACGCCAUGAGCAAGCAUAGACUUGGACUACACCAUUGGCUGUGCUUCUCCUAUCUCUCUAGAACAACAAAGAGACCUUUUACUGCUUGCCAUUUACCUACUGAAGCAAUAUCAUGUGCUAAUUCCCACAUCCUCCCCAAUUAAUAAUCACAAGACCUUGUGUUUUUCACUUGCAGAGCAGUUAAUACUUCGCGGGUUAUUCGGUUCAGCUCAGAAAGUGAUUCAGAGAAUCAUCAAGCAAUCCUCACCAGUCUCUGAAGCUAUCUCAGCUGUUGAAUUCUCCAUUUCUCGCGGUAUCGAGCCUGAUGCAACUAGCUACAGUUUUCUCAUUCGACAACUCGUGGCAUCUGGUGAAACCCAAAUGGCUGAAGAUAUUUAUGUAUAUUGCAUUUUGAAGAGAGGUAUUGAACCGAAAGACCAGUCUUUAUUGAAUUCAGUGGCCAUUUGUUAUUGUAAUUUGGGUAAAUUAUAGGAAGCAAAAUUGCUUUUUGAUAAACUAUUGGAUAUGAAAUUGAGGCCUUGUAGUAGCACGUGUAAUGCGCUUAUUAAGGGAUUUUGUGGCCAACAUAGCAUCUUGGAUGGGUUUGAUGUUUUUGUAGUGGCUGUUGAUGCUGGAGUAUCACUAAGUUUCAGUUGUUACAAUAGGUUAGUGGAUGGCUUGUGCCAUCGGGGGUUCUUAGAUGAGGCACUCUAUGUGUUUGAUGUAAUGUGUGAGAGAGGGGUGACACCCAAUGUUCAUUUGUUUAAGACAUUGGUUCUUUCGUUGUGUAAGAGGGGUCGAGUCGAGGAAGCUGAGUUGUUGAGCAUGGAUAUGGAGUCUUAUGGUUUUGUUCUGGAUAAAGUCAUGCACACAACUCUCAUUAACGGGUAUUCGAAGAACAAGAAAAUGAAAAUGGCUAUGAGGGUGUUUCUUAGAAUGCUUAAGUUGGGAUGUGAACCGGAUAAGUAUACUUACAACACGCUGAUGCACGGGUUUUUUAGCUUGGGCAUGUUGGACAAGGGUUGGGUGCUACAUCAGCAGAUGGCUGAAUUUGGAUUAGAACCUGAUGCAGUAAGUUACCAAAUCAUGAUUGGCAAGUAUUGCAAGGAUCAUAAAGUUGACUGUGCGUUGAUGCUGUUAAAUAACAUGAUUCAGUGCAACGUUGCUCCCAGUGUGCACUCUUAUACUGCUUUAAUUGCUGCGCUUUAUAAAGAGAAUCGGUUAGCAGAAGUAGAUAUCUUGUACAAUAAGAUGUUGGAUAAUGGAUUGGUUCCUGACCAUGUUUUGUUUUUUACCUUGGUCAACAAUCAUCCAAGAGGGUCAGAGAUUACUCUAGCAUGCACCUUUUUGCGGGCAAUUGCCAAAAAUGGUUGUGGUAUUGACCUUUCUAACAUCCCUAGCACUACCAGUCAAAAAGUUACUACAAAUAUCAUGUCUGAUAUUGAUCAUCUCUUGGGAGAAAUUGUGGCAAGAAACUUACCUCUGGCCAAUGUUGCUUUCAAUAUAUACAUGGUUGCUUUGUGUUUAGGAGGAAAACUUGAUUCUGCUCUUCUUUGCAUGGACAAGAUGGCAAGCCUUUCUCUUCAGCCUUCAUUGUCAGCUUAUAACUCUAUGAUCAAGUGCCUUUACCAAAACGGACUACUUGAGGAUGCCAAAUCCUUUGUUGAAGUUAUGCAAGAUCAAGGUCAAGUUCCAAAUCAAGCAACAUUCUUGAUUAUGGUGAAUGUAUACUGCAAACAGGGUGACACACAAUCAGCAUUUGAAGUUCUGGACCAAAUGGAAGAGAGUGGAUUGAAGCCUAGUGUUGCGAUAUAUGACUCCAUCAUUGGGUGUUUGGGCAGACAAAAGAGAAUAGAUGAGGCCCUUGAAGUUUUCCGGAGAAUGCUCGAGGAUAGAAUUUAUCCUGAUGAAACUAUGUUUGUGACAAUGAUUAAUGCUCUAUCAAUAAAUGGACGAGCUAUUCAAGCCCAUGAGCUCUUCGACAAAAUGUUGGAAGAUGGAGUUCAACCAAGCCACUAUGCUUAUACUGCUCUUAUACAUGGGUUAGUUAAGAAGAACAUGAUUGAGAAGGGCUGUGUAUACCUUGAUCGAAUGAUAGAAAAUGGUUUCAUGCCAAAUACUGUUCUUUAUACUUCUCUAAUAAAACAAUUUUUAAGGAAAAGAGAGUUUGAAUUUGCAUUUAAGUUGGUUGAUUUGAUGGAAAGAAGUGAGAUUGAGCGAGACCUGGUAACCUAUAUUACUUUGGUCAGUGGCGUCUCUAGAAAUAUUAGGUCACUUCACGGGAAGUGGCUUGUUCCGCAGAAACAGUAUGAAAAAUCCAAGGAAAUGUUGUUUCGUCUACUUCAUCAGAGUGCUAUGUUUUCUAGGGAAAAAUGUUUGAAAAUCUCAAUUAGCUCUCAGGAACAAAUUAAAUUUCUUGCACUUAGGCUGAUAAACAAAGUGAAGAACACUCCCCUAAUGCCAAAUUUGUACUUGUAUAAUGGCAUAAUUUCAGGGUUUUGCUGGGCAGAGAAGAUGCAGGAUGCAUAUAAGCACCUGGAUAUGAUGCAAAGUGAGGGCAUCCAACCGAAUCAAGUUACUUUUACUAUUCUAAUUGAUGGGCAUUUCCGAAGUGGCGAAAUUGAUCUUGCUGUUAGUCUCUUCAACAGAAUGAAUGCACAGGGUUGUUCUCCUGAUAAAAUUGUGUAUAACACUUUAAUAAGAGGUCUAUGCAAGCAUGGAAAGCUCAUUGAUGCUCUUUCGAUCUCAUACACAAUGCUCAAAAAAGGAUUUGCCCCUUCUAAGGCAUCAUAUGAGAAUCUUCUCACUUCUCUUUGUGCUAAUAAUUGGAGUGUUCAUGCACUGAAGAUAUGUGAAGAUAUGCUAGCCCAUAAAUAUGUCCCUUGUGGCCAUAAUCUUAAAUUGUUAAUUUGUAUGCUAGAUGAAGAAAAUAAGUCGCAUGAAGCUCGUCUUAUGAAUGAUUUGCUCCUUAACAAAAGAAGAUUUAUGGUGUACACAAGCUAGAGGUUGGUUAUGCAAUCUCUCUGAUAUUGCUGGGCUUCAUCCCCUUACUGAUGCAUGUGCAUGAGCAGGAUAUGGACUUUUCUGUGGAGCUAUACCUUGUAGCUUGAGUACCCUCAGAACUCCCUUUGGUAAACUGUUUUAAGCCACUGGCUACGUGUGUGCAUAAUCCUAUUUGAAAUGCAUUCGUAGCAGAACUCGGGAGCUAAUCUACCUGAUUAUGCUCCAUAGACAGCCACUCUACUAAGAGGAUUCUAUACCAUGCCUUGUUUAAAUUCUUGGUACCUUCUUGUUCCAGCUCAAAAGGAACUGUGCGGUUGUUCUUGGCAUGGCCCAUUUCAUUCCUCCUAUUUAAUUGGUUAUUGAACACGUGUAAGUUUCUGUACUCGAUGUUUCGCUCUUCGUUCAAUAGAAGAACACGUGUUAAGAAGUUGCCAUUCGUAUCACUAAAUAGCUCCCUCCCGUUCGUCCAUCAAACAAAUGCAGAGAUUGGGACUGGAAUGUUCCAUUCCCAUUUUCUUCCUUGUGAUCGUAAAUUUAGCUGUUUCUCUUUCCUUUUUCUUCUAUUUCUCAAUUUGGAUCUAUUUGCUUUUUCUGUUUCUUAAUUUUUCUUCUCGGAAUUUGUCGCGACUUCCUAAAUUUGAUGCUUGCAUUUGGAGGUAAUUAGUUCUCUUCUUUCCUUUUUCAUCUUCCUAUUUUUCUGCUUCUCUGAAGUCUGAUGUGCUUGGGUUCCUUCUAUAUUAGUUAUGUUGCCUUUUCGCACUACUGGUAAGUGUUUCAUGGGUUUUUUCUUCUUUUAAUUUAUUAUUACUUAGAUUUUAGUUUUACGUUCUCUAAUUUUCUUCCUUUCAUGGUUCUCUUCUUUUACUUUUGCCUCUUCAGCCAUGGCCCUGUUGUUGCUUUGCUUCCAUUAGCUCUUAUUUGGUGUGCUUAAUAGUUGGAUGUAACAGCGCUUGGGUAGCAUACUAUACAGAUGGAGAUAAGAUGGAGCUUAAACGCUGGAAGCGCCAAAUGAUGCUCUGUUGUUUAAUGGAAAUCAUUGCAUGCAUAUGAAUAAAACUGGAUGCUUCGAGAAUGGUAGGUUACAUAUGGAGGCAAUUCAAGAAGUAGAGCUGACAAGUGAAGAAAGUCUGGAAAAGGAAGCAACAUCAGAGAGAAGAGAUAC